GAGAAAGAACAAGUUUGAACCCGUUAGCCAGUCAGAAGUGCCCGUAUUUGGCUGAUUCUCGUUGCCAAGAUGAUGAACGCAGAGCUUUUGGAGAGGAAUUUCGGCGUUCAAUUUCCAGAAGAGCUAGAUGGAACGCUUGAUUUGCAGAAUGGAGCCGCGAAUUGUUGUAAAUUCAAUCGUUGGGGUACGCUCGUGGCUGUGGGGAGCACUGACGGUCGAAUAUUUAUCUUUGAUUUCGUUACAAAAGGAAUAGUCAAGACAUGGACGGCGCAUGCACUUCCUGUAUCUUCCCUUUCCUGGUCCCGUAAUGGUCGCAAACUGUUGACCGCUUCGGCCGAUACAACAGUGGCCGUUUGGAAUGUGCUUGAAGGAGCCUGCCUGCAUCGAUUGAAGUAUUCAGCCAUGGUCACUUCUGCUGUUUUCAAUCCGAGGAACGAUAAUCAAGUCCUUGUGCUCCAACUGAACUAUCCACCAUGUCUGGAUGAGCUUGAGCCAAGAUCCCAGCGGAUUAUCACCAACGAUAUACCAGGAGCUGUUGAAGACGGCGUGUCAGCUAUAGCUUUUGAUCGCAGAGCCAAUUAUCUUAUCACUGGAACAAACAAGGGAAAACUUGUCGUCUACAAUGCUAAGACGCUGAAGAUGGUGUCAUGGGGAAAACAAAACAGCGUUCAACAGGUCAAGCAAAUUGUGGUGCCACGAAGGGGAAACUUCAUCAUCACCAACUCACAGGAUCGUAUAAUUAGGACAUUCGAUCUGAAUGAUAUUCUGGAUUGCCAUAAUGGCUCCACUAUAGAACCGAAACAUCGGGUUACAGAUAUCGUCAACAAGGCGUCCUGGAAGGCCGUUUGUACGGAUAGCGAAGGAUACUAUAUCUGCGGAGCUAGUACAAAGGCUCAUUCGCUGUACGUUUGGGAACGCACCACCGGAACAUUGAUAAAAAUCUUGCACGGUACCAAGGGCGAGUGUUUGAUGGAUGUCCAAUGGCAUCCAAUCCGACCAGUCAUACUAUCAGUGGCCAAUGGUAUCGUUUCAGUUUGGACGCAGGCCCACGUUGAAAAUUGGUCCGCAUUUGCCCCAGAGUUCACUGAGUUGGAGGAAAACGCAAAGUACGAGGAGAAGGAGGGAGAGUUUGAUCUGGAAGACGAAGAUGCGGAAGUGGAUGACAAAGCAAACUCUCAAGAUUCUGAUGAGGAAAUCAUCGAUGUGGAAUCUUUGAAACCAAAUGAGAUUCUCUGUAGUUCUGAUGAGGAAGAUAACAUCAACGCUCUCCUGCCAGAUGCAACGCUCAAAACAGGCCCACUAUGGUUCUUACCAAUCACGCCAGAAUGUGAUCCAGCUGAAAGUUUACCAUUACCUGGAGGUCAUUUUACAGAUGGACGCCGAGCAUCAAGUCAGAUAUUGAGCGCUCUAGAAGAAGAGAGUCGGAAAAGAGCAGCGAUUCCUGAUGCUAGUAUGAAAGUGCCAAUGAAAGGGAGAAAAGUCAAAUAGAUAUGUCGAUACCUUCUUGUAUGGCGGUGUUUAUUGUACAUAUAUCCGUAGUUUUUUUUUAUUUCCUACAUUCUGUAGGUCAACUGAUCUCUUGCUUAACUCCACUGAUUUUUUGUACUGUACAUACAGAAAAACUUACGUGUGUAACUAUUUUUGCACCC